ACGUCGACCUAAAAAAAGAGGAGAAACUCAUUACAUAUUCCAAUCAUGGACGAUACCAGUAUACAGGACAAGGAACGCUAUGCCAGCCGAGAGAAUCAUUGUGAAAUUGAACGCAGAAGACGGAACAAAAUGACGGCAUAUAUUACCGAGCUUUCGGAUAUGGUGCCGACAUGCAGUGCUUUGGCCAGGAAACCCGACAAGCUGACCAUUCUAAGAAUGGCCGUUGCCCACAUGAAGGCUUUGAGGGGUACUGGCAACACCAGUAAUGAUGGGACCUAUAAACCCUCCUUUCUCACCGAUCAGGAAUUGAAACAUCUUAUAUUGGAGGCGGCCGAUGGUUUCCUAUUCGUCGUGAGUUGUGAUUCCGGUCGUAUUAUUUAUGUUUCAGAUUCCGUAACGCCUGUCUUGAAUUAUACCCAAAGUGAUUGGUAUGGCACCAGCCUGUAUGAACAUAUACAUCCCGAUGAUCGUGAAAAGAUUCGCGAGCAGCUAUCCACCCAAGAAUCACAGAAUUCGGGUAGAAUAUUGGAUUUGAAAUCGGGCACGGUGAAGAAAGAGGGCCAUCAGUCCUCCAUGCGUUUGAGUAUGGGCGCACGUCGUGGUUUCAUUUGUAGGAUGCGUGUGGGCAACGUUAAUCCAGAGACUAUGGUUGCGGGUCAUUUGAAUCGUUUGAAACAACGUAACUCCUUGGGUCCAUCACGGGAUGGAACAAAUUUCGCCGUGGUCCACUGCACAGGGUAUAUUAAAAAUUGGCCACCAACUGAAAUGUUCCCCGGUGUUCACAUGGAACGUCCCGAUGAUGAUAUGCAUGGAUCUCAUUGUUGCCUGGUGGCCAUUGGCCGCUUGCAGGUCACAUCCACCGCCUCGACAGAUGUCACAAAUGCCAACAAUCAAAGUGAAUUCAUAACACGUCAUGCUGUGGACGGAAAGUUCACCUUUGUCGAUCAGCGUGUCAUGAACAUUUUGGGUUAUACACCUCCCGAGCUGUUGGGUAAAAUUUGCUACGAUUUCUUCCAUCCCGAGGAUCAGUCACACAUGAAGGAAAGUUUUGAGCAGGUGUUGAAGCAAAAGGGUCAAAUGUUUUCGCUAAUGUAUCGGGCCCGGGCCAAAUCGGGUGAAUAUGUUUGGUUGAGAACACAGGCAUAUGCCUUUCUAAAUCCCUAUACCGAUGAGGUGGAGUAUAUUGUGUGUACCAAUAGUUCCAAUAAAGCAUCGCUGCAUGCCGCGACGGCUGGUCAUGAUAAUAACAAUCCGGAACAGCAGGAACAUGUUUAUGUUACACCGGGUGUCGAUUAUACGCUGCAGGGUAGACGUGAUGUACCAGGUGGUGGUGCAGCUGAUCCAAAUAUGUAUGCUGCGCACAAUAUGAUACCGCCCACAAAUGCCGGUCCUCCGCCACAUUUGGCUCAGCAGCAGGCCAGCAAUCAAACACCCCAGAAUGUACAAAGACCAUCGUCGGCCCAAAAUACGGUACCGUAUAGUUAUGAUGCUACACAUUCGCCGUUAGCUUAUAAUACAGCUGCCGGGGGACCAUCACCCAACACGGUACAUAUGGCCAAGAUACCCAAAGCUAAUUCAUCACCCACUCCGCAACAUCCAACCAAUUGGCCCCUGAGACCGCCACCACCUCAGCAGCAGCAACAACAACAGCCUGUGACAGAGGGUUAUCAGUAUCAACAAUCGAGUCCGGCUCGUUCACCUAGUGGUCCAACAUAUACUCAGCUGAGUGCUGGCAAUGCACGACAAGCAGCAGCAGCUGCAUAUCAGACAGGCCCGGCCCAGGCGCCACCGCAUGGUAUGUGGGAUUGGCAGACGGCCCAACAUGCACCACAUCCUACUGCCCAUCCAGGGGCACAUCCACAUCAUGCUACGCAUCCACAUGCCACACAUCCAGUGCAUGCUCAUGUUCCGGGUCAACAACCACCACCACAACAAGGUCAGGAAUUUUCCGAUAUGCUGCAGAUGUUGGAUCAGAGUGCCCCUGGGACAUUUGAAGAUCUGAAUAUAAAUAUGUUCAAUACACAGUUCGAAUAA